UUUAAUGGAAUCGCCGUCCCCACACGGCCGUAAUCAGGAAAAUAGUUGGGGGAAAAAAACACUUGUCACGAUAUUUCAUUAUUUGCCAUCGCCCACUAAAUUGUGAACGUCGAAUUUCCAAGGCAAGGGAGAGGAGAUGAAUUACGAAUUUGAGCGAGAGAGCGGUUUUAUCAACAGUCAGCCGUCGCUCGCCGAGUGCCUGACAUCCUUUACUCCUGUCGGUGAUGCAUUUCAAAGUUCAUCAAUCAAGAACUCGACGCUUUCUCCGUCGACACUGAUUCCUCCUCCCUUUGAGCAUACCAUUCCCAGCCUGAACCCCGGUAGCCACCCACGCCACAGCCGCUCAAAGCAGGGCGUGAAUGGCUGUAGCCCGCUGCCAGUCGCAUCCCUACCUCCGGAGUACCCAUGGAUGAAGGAGAAGAAAGCAACUAAGAAAAACCAGAAUACUGCAGCAACAACAAACGACUCGUCACCACUCUACUUCUCUCCUCAGGGCUCGCCAGAAACAGUGGAGAGUGGUGGUGGGGCUUCUCGAAGGCUGCGGACAGCGUACACAAACACCCAGCUUUUGGAACUAGAGAAGGAGUUUCAUUUCAACAAGUACCUCUGCAGACCCAGGAGGGUGGAAAUAGCAGCAUUACUGGAUUUAACUGAGAGGCAAGUCAAAGUGUGGUUCCAGAACCGCAGAAUGAAACACAAGAGACAAACCCACUCUAAGGAGAAUCAGAACGGAGAGGGGAGAUUUACAAGCCUGGAGGAUGGAGAGGACGACUUCGAAGAAGCUACAAACAGUGUGUCUGGGGCGCUUUUGGAGAGAGAGAGCUAUAGGCAUACGUUUCACCAAAAUACCUUAACUUCUCAACAGUCUCAGAAUGCGCACAAUGGAGAAACCCAAAGCUUAACUGUUUCGCCUUUAAACAGCAAUGACAAAAAUCUGAAACAUUUUCCUAACCCGUCACCCACUGUUCCUAUAUGUGUGUCAACAAUAGGCCCGGGCUGCUCAUCUGGCGGGGACAAUAGUAAUUCCCCGGCCCUGGACAUUUCUUUGCAGGACUUUCACGUUUUUUCGUCGGAUUCUUUCUCCCCAACUUUGUCAGAUUCCGUGGAUAGCUCAAUAGGUUUAUCAACGGAAAGUUUUGAUUUUUUCUCAGAAACACUGACAACAAUCGAUCUACAAAACCUGAGCUAUUAAGAUCUUUUCUCAUAUAGCGGUUUACAUACGCAGUUUUUCCCAUCUUACUUCAAAUUAUUGAGUUUGUGAGUCCGUUUUUAGAUUUAAUUGAUUGUUACAAGGCUCACGUGAGGUAAGUUAGACGAUAAUAAAACAGCUAAUAAAUUGAAGGUCUUUAUAAUGCAAGAAAUAGGUUCAUGAUACAGCAAAUAGGCCUAAGGGAGAAGUUUUUGUUAUUUUAUUUUUGUAUCCGUUUUGACCACAAGGUUAUAAAUGACUUAUUUUCAUAGAAUAAAAUUGUAAUAAUCUAC